AUGUUAAAUAUGAAUCAUAGUAUUGGUCGAACACGUUCAAAGGAUAUUGAACUAUUGAUUGAAACGUAUAACAUGUUUCAUCCUCAAGAACUACAUUUUCUGAUUCAACUUAAUCAGCGCUGGUCAGUGUAUGACCCAAAUCGAAUCCAGAAUAUGACUGCUAUUUUAAGCCGUAAUUUUGCUGCUGAAUACAAAGAAUCAGAUACUGAACGUAUAAUUAAAUAUUUUAAUUCUCAUGAUUCAAUUCAACUUUUUCCUUCCAUAACUGUUGAUAUGGCUCUUGCUCAACUAGAUCAAUCAUUACAUCUAAAUCCAUACCAAUCCAGGUAUCCUAUUUGUCUAUAUAUGCUCAAUGCUGACAUGGCAGAUGUCUUAUCUGUUCAAGUAUACACUCUAAAAGGUGCAACUCAUCCAGUUUCUAUACCAAGUUCAGCUCGAGAAUUCGGUAUAUGGAUGUGGGAUCAGUAUCCACGCCUUCUUUCAUUAUUUGUGUAUCUAUGGAGCAAUCACAAGACUUUGAUUAAAUCUUGUGGAUCAAAUUUCAGUCAAUGCAUUGUUAUUGAUGGCCACCAAAAAUGUCGUCGGCGAGUUUGUCGUGCUAAGAAUGUUCAAGUUUCAACGGAAGAAUUUGAAUCACUAACCGUUGUUUGUUGUCGAACACCAAGUUUGGGAUCACGUUUUUGUGAGCUUCAUCAAGUAUAUCGACAACAGGGAUUCGGUGCAACAAACUGUCGCACAAUUAAGCAAUGCUCCGAAUCAUACAUCAAACGAUGCAAUAGAUCAUUUGGUAUACUUGCUGGUGUAACAAAUUGUAAAAUUGUCAUCACAUUUUCAGAAAUAUUUCGAUCAGAAACUUUACGUGAAAUCAUAAGUUUAUUAUGUUCAACAAUUCGUGCAUCUAACUAUAAUUUUCCUAAAUGUGGUGUCUAUGAUGAUGGGUGUCACUUAGUUGAAUUUAUUCGAAAUCACUAUGGUCAAGAUCUCAAACGUACAUCUGCAUCAACAUCAUUGUAUGAGACUAAAUUUAGUGUAGAUCGAACCCAUUUUAAAGGGCACGUGGGGCGAUGGUGCAGAGCAAAUAUGAAUCCAUAUAAAAAUGAAAUGUUAAAUGGUAUCAACACUCAAGCCGCCGAACAAUUAUUUUCCUGGGUAAAAAACUACGCAAAUAUUUUGAGCAGUCUUGGUUGGAGAAGGAUGCCAAUCUAUUUACUGUUGUUAUUUCACUAUAAAAAUCUCGAACGAAUGAGUAUUCGUCCAACGCAUGCAUUCAACAUCGCUUCAUCCGUUCCAUUCACACCUACUGUCAGUUUAGCACAUGCAGCUGAUACUGAACAAGUUUCUAAAUAUAAAGAACAGCAGAAACAAAAAAAAGCUUUUCCUUUAACAACUGAUGAAACGUCAUGUACAAAACUAGAAACGGAAAUUGGUGUCAAACAACAAGUAUCGAAACAAAAACAGUCAAAAAAAAAGAAAUUCAAAGUAGCUGAUAUGAACACCAUACAGAAUUUAGUGAAGAAAAUGGAAGAACUCGUAAAUAAAGAAGAGAAAAAAGAAAUUCGGCAGCGAAAUCGCAAGGAACGAAAACAGCCAGCACGCAUCAACAACCAGCAACAAUGA